AAGAAAUUCUAAAUAAAUCAUUCAAAUUAGGCAGCAGCACGGAUACGCCACUCAACUACAUUAAUAUGUAUGCUACGCUGCUAGCAGACGUAACGAUGUUCAAUUUGUGAUGUAGCUGCGUGAUUUUUCGCGUGUUGACUCGAGUUACCGAUACUUCUCAGCCCCACACUUGUGUUUUGAAAGGUCUGAGCUCAGUCUUCAGCAGCAGCUAACGUUAGCUGCGGCAGCUCGUCAGAAACAUCAUCAUGGCAGCGGAAUGCGAUGUGCUGUCUGAAAUCGAGGUGCUGCAGUCGAUCUAUCUGGAUGAACUGCUGGUCAGCAGGAGGGAGGACGGGGGCUGGGAGGUGAGCCUGGUCCUGUACCCGUCCACAGCCGAGGACUCUGUCUCCCAGUUUGUCCGGCUCACCCUGACUUUGACCCUCGAUCAGCAGUAUCCGUCGUCUUCUCCGGUCAUCUCCAUUCAUAACCCACGAGGCCUCUCUGAUGACAAGCUCAGCAGUGUCCAAAAGUGUCUUCAGUUGGAGGCUCAGUCCUGUCUGGGCUCACCUGUGUUGUAUCAGCUCAUUGAGAAAGCGAAAGAAAUCCUGACUGAAAGUAAUAUUCCUCAUGGAAACUGUGUCAUCUGCCUGUAUGGCUUUAAGGAGGGAGAGACGUUCACCAAGACGAGCUGCUACCACUACUUCCACUGCCACUGCCUCGGCCGCUACGUCCGCCACUCUGAGAGCGAGCUCCGCCGGAGGGAGAAGGAGUUAGAGGAGGACAAGACCAGAGACCGGACGGACGAUCAGGAGCUGACCGUGGUGUGUCCGGUGUGCAGAGAGCCUCUAACGUACGACGUGGAUCAGCUUCUGUCCUCCCCCGCGCCCCAGCUGCCUGAGCUGGACGAAGCAGCCGUCGCUUCAACGUUUCAGCAAAAGUGGUGUGAGCUCCAGAAGCUCUGGGAAAGACAGAGGUCUAAAGGUGGGAUCAUUGAUCCGGAGGUGGAGUCCAAUCGGUUUCUCAUCCACAUCAACGAGACUCCUUCUGUUGCUGAAAACGGAAACCUGGACGUAGAUGUCUGUCCUGGCCCCACGGUGCCCUCUGUUUCCUCUGAUGAAGCUGGCAUCAGAGGGGACCAGUUUGUUCCUGGACUGUCCCACUGCAGAGGUGGUCCAGGCCAGAGGCGUCAGAACCAGGCGAGGGGGCAGAGGAGAGGGGGCAGGUCCAGACCACAUCACAGGAGAGCCGCCCCCGUCGCAGAGCACCUGGACAAACUCUCUCUGUCCUCAGACUGCGCUGAAGGACCAAUGAAGGCCAAAGCUCAGGGUAACCACGGCCAGCAGGUGCCAGUGAACGCAGCAUCGUGUGAGUCUAAGUCAGGCAGGGACGUCUGUGCGGAGCAGCAAGAGACCGCGGUGUCUCCGGGGGGUCCGCCGGCGUGCCAGGCGGCCUUCGAAACCGAGUGCCCAGAAGAUGCUGCGGACUCGGCGGGGGGCCGUGUGCCUCGUGGAAGGAGAAGAGGUCCUCACCGACCUGCCCCGCACUCCGGGGCCCCUGGGCCAGCGCACUAUCACUGGGACGGGAGAGCCUCGAGAAGCAGGGGGGGCCCCAACAACCCGUACAGCAGAGGAGGGGGGCCCCGCAGGGGUCACGGCAGGGGCUUCCAACACAAGGUAGUGGAGAGAGAGAGGGGAAGAGAGGAGGUGCUAUGACAAAGGGCAACAGGAGGGCCAAUGAACAAACGUGUGUUUGCCUCCAUCAUCAGUUUGCAUAGAUUAAAGCCCUGCACCAGAAAUGACAUUCACUGUAGUUCCCCCCCCCCCCCGACAUCGCCCGGACCCUGCUCUCUGGUAUGCACUGUCAUGCACACUAAUAUCAGAUCCAGAUGGUUGUUGCUUUGUGUUGUGGUGCAAUAUGACUCGAAAGAACUACAAAUUAAAUUUCCUCUGGAUGCCAGCGAGUCUCGUUUUCCUGUACUUUUGUGAUUUGUUCCACUGAUUGUUGCAGCUUUAAUUGAUCUACUUUUAAUUAUUUGUUGAGAUUUUUGAACUAUGAUGCUGAUUUCAGCAGAGCAACACACCAGACAGAGGCCACCACCCUGCAGGGAAUAAAACAGGCCAUCAGCUCCACCGUGGCCAGCCACAAAAACGCAGCUCACUUGUUAACUAUAAUAAUCAUUUUUACUUUCAUGAUGUUAUUUAAGUAGAUUUGAUGAUAAUGAUAAUUUUACUGCAGUACUUUUACUUGUAAAUGUUAGGAUAUGUUUAUUCAUCUAUUAUUGAAUACAGGCUUGU